AUGUUUUCUAAGUUCCCUGAACAGCUCAGGCUGCCACAUCAUCUUCUUGCGAAGAAGAAAAAGAAGAAGGAGAAGCCACAAGACGUGGAAAAGGCCACGACACAAUCGACUUCGAGCGGACAUGCAGAAGGUCAUUCCACCAACGGUAUCUUCGUCAGAGACAGCAUCAUCGGUUUCGCGGAUGGAUUGACGGUCCCCUUUGCGCUGACGGCGGGUCUGUCAUCGCUCGGCUCGUCCAAAGUCGUCAUUCUCGGCGGACUCGCAGAACUGUUUGCGGGUUCGAUUUCCAUGGGACUGGGGGCGUAUUUGGCGGCUAAGACGGAUCUCAAGCAUUAUGAAGUCGAGGAGAAGCGCGAACGAAGAGAAGUCAAGGACUGUCCUGCUGCGGAGGAAGAGGAGAUUUAUGACAUCUUUGAUCAAUACGGGAUUCCCCGGUUAGCGUCUGCGGGAGUGGUGGAGAGCCUGAAGAAGGAUGAAGAUGCUUGGUUCAUGAUGGACUUUGAGCUGAAACUGGAGAAGCCUUUGCUGAAGACGGCCUGGGUGGAAGGCUUGGUCAUGGGCAUAUCGUACUUUUUCGGCGGCCUCUUCCCUAUGAUACCCUAUUUUGUGACGAAGCAGAUCAACGAAGCGUUAUUCGUUUCCAUCGGCAUUACUGUGGUCAUUCUGCUGGCUUUUGGAUAUGUCAAGGGCAAGGCCACUGGCUGCUCAGUCCGGGAUUCGGCCAUUGGGGCGGUCGAGACUCUAUUCAUCGGGGCGCUGGCUGCUGGCGUGUCUUAUGGCAUUGUGAAAGGAAUCAAUUCGUCGAAGCUAUUCGACAGCUACGAGAGGCCGUAA